AUGUUGCGCCGGAGCUCCAUCUUCAUCGACGGCGGCGUGGAGCUGUACCAGGACAAUCGGACGCGAUGGCUCGGCUUCAACAAAUACAUCUACGAGUUCGACAUGUCGCAGUCCUGGAACGCCAGCACCAACUUCACCGAGUCGCGCAUCGGGCGCUACGCCGACAACUCGACCGACAGCAACCCGCCCAACAUGCUGCGCGGCGGCCUCUACGCCGCCAUGUCCGAGUCGAACCGCCUCUUCACCUUCGGCGGCUCGACCUUCCUAGCCAACGACUCAGACCCGGACUGGGCGCCGCCGUCCAAGGACCCCACCACCCUCUGGUCCUUCGACACGGAGCUGCGCAACUGGCAGUCGUACGACAUCUCGGCCUCGAUCCCCUGGCGGCCCAACUGGGGCCCCGUCACCGAGGACGUCGCCCACAGCGUGGGCUUCUUCCUGAACGGCCAGUACGACCGCGGCAGCUCCUACGGCCUGUACACAUCGGUGCAGUACCGCGGCGGCACCGUCACCAACGACACGUUCAACCAGAUCAGCUACCUGGGUGGCAUGGUCAUGAUUGACCUGCACACCCAGGAGACGCGCAAUCUGUCGACCACGACGCUCGGAAACCCGCGCGUGGCCGGCGGCUUGCUGCAUGCCCCGGGCUUUGGCAAGUCGAAAAACGGGACCUUGGUUGCCUUCGGCGGCAUGAUGAGCUCCGGCCAGGGAUCGGACACGUUUACGAAUGGCCAGCUCAUCAACUUUACGACCGUCGGUCUUUGCGACAGCUUCAGAGAUGAAAACGUCACUUGGGUCAAUCAGACCACGACCGGCGAUAUUCCUCCGCCGCGAAUGGACUUUUGCGUUUGUCCAGGACAGAAAUCGCCUCAGGAUAACUCCAGCUUCAACUUCUACAUCCACGGCGGCAUCGACCCGGGCAGCGGCACCGUCUACGACGACGUGUACGUCCUCUCGUUCCCAUCCUUCACCUGGACGCUCGUGAAUCCGGGGUCCAGCACCGCGCCGGGCUAUUUCGGCCACACGUGCAACAGCGCCGGCAAGCGGCAGAUGCUGGCAACGGGCGGCGCGCGCGACGCCUCGCUGCUCGGCAUCGAGACCACGGGCGACGUGCCCAACCUAAACGCGACGACGUGCGACGACAGCGCCGCCGGCGUGCGGCUGUUCGACAUGGUCAGCGCGACGUGGAGCACCUUCUACAACGCCAGCCAGGCCGCCCUGUUCCGCGUGCCCGACGCGGUCGUCAAGAGGAUUGGCGGGACACCCGACGGCAACGCAACCAUGACGGCGCCCGCCAACGGCUUUGACGACCCGGCCGUCUACACCAUGUUCCACCCGCCCCCGCCUGCUAACACCUCCGCAUCGUCCCCGUCGUCCACCCCUUCCUCCUCGUCCUCAUCCAUCUCGGGCGGCGCCAUCGCCGGCGCCGUCGUCGGCUCCGUCGCCGGUGCGGCGCUCAUCUUUGGCCUGGCCAUAUGGCUCUGCUGCCGCCGCCGCCGCCGCCAGAAGCGCCAGCACGGCAGCGACGACGCGCGUGCCGCGGCUUUCAUGGCCGACGAGAAGGCGCGGCGGCCGUCGGAGCUGCCUGGCCAGCCGGCCGAGAUCCACGAGAAGCCUGCCGACGCGCCGGGGCUGGCGGGCGAGAAGGAGGACGACGGCGCGAGGAAGGGAGCGGCGAGGCCGCCGCCCGCCGGCGAGGACCUGGGCCCGCAGGAGCUGGACGCCGUGGGGCCGGAGAUGCACGAGUUGGGUGGUAAUGGUUACGGCGCGAGCGCUGUGAAGGAGGGGCCGAGGGGCACUCCUCCGGAUGGGAGUGAUGCGGAUAGUGCGAGGCGGCAGCCGAGAGAGACGGCGCAGGUGGGGAGGAAGUCGGCGUUUGCAGAGGACACCAGGUAA